CCUUUGCCCCGCGCCCCCCCUCCUGGCGUUUGGCGGCGCCGGCGUUGUUUGGGCCUCGUCGCGCUCCGUCGUCACGUGACGGCCGCGGCCAGCGCAGCGCUUCCGGGUGGCCGCGAUGGCUGCGGAGCCCUGGCUGUCGCAGCACGCCGCCGCCUGCCGCCUGGCGCAGGAGCUCGCCGAGAGGAUCCGGGAGAGGGAGCGGCGGCAGCGGGGCGGGGAGAGCCCGGCACAGCUCAAUGUGUUCAUCAGAUCGUCGCUGCAGAGUCUCAAGGAGAAGAUCAGUCAGCUGAGGGACUUGCUGCUUCGGGAUGUGUCGAUGCACCAAAUCACCCAGAUGGAGGGGGACAGGAGGCAGAAUUUGGUGGAUGAACUUGUCACGCGGCAGAAGCAACUCGAGGCAUCUUACAGGAACGAAGGCCCGGAGCCAGAUGUGACAAGAUCUAGCCUAAUGACUGGAGGGAUCAAACGAGGCGUGACCAACCCGUGGCUCUUGGAUGAACCUGAGGAAACCAGAGGGCUUGGCUUUCACGAUAUCAGGCAGCAGCAGCGGAGGAUCAUAGAAGAGCAAGAUGCUGGACUUGAUGCUCUUUCUUCAAUCAUAUCCCGGCAAAAGCAAAUGGGACAGGAAAUUGGGAAUGAGCUGGAUGAACAGAAUGAGAUCAUCGACGACCUCACUAACCUGGUGGAAAACACAGACGACAAGCUUCGCAAUCAAACGCGGCACGUGAAGAUGGUGGACAAAAAGUCAACUUCCUGUGGAAUGCUGGUGGUAAUUGUGUUGCUGCUGAUUGCAAUUGCUGUGGUUGCUGUCUGGCCAACAAAGUAAGGCGAAUGUGGGGCCCAUUUGAGCUGCUGCUCACCAGCUGAGCAUGGACGACUCCACAGAAGAGACCAACUUUGUGCAAAGCCCUUAUGUGUUUUCAAUAAACUCCACAGUGUUAGAAUGAAGCUGUGUCCGGCAGACAUCCGUUCCUUCAUUCGGUGCACAGCUGAAGAGUGCUGCCUGGUUUGGAGGGUUUGAACUUGAAAAGGACUCUUCCUACCUUGAUUUCACGUUCUGGGAGGAUGCAGCUGGCAGUGCCUCCACGUCUAAGCAGGCGGUGAUGCUGGCUCGCUCCCCGGCCCUCUGCUGCUCUGCUGGGCGGCCGCUUGUCCCAGGGGCUUUGACAUGCUGCCAGCUGUGAAGGUGAGACUGGGGAGGACACCAGCGGCUCCUGUGCUUUCUGAUACCUUUCUCCAGACUGAAAACUCUUACUGUUUUUCAAGGCAUACAUGUUUUAGGGAAUGCAUGCACGUAGCUCGCAGCGGGAUGGGGAGCGUGAGGGCAGGCGUAGCCCUGCGGGGAAGCGCUGCUCCCGAGCGCAGGAACCCAGAUGAGCUGCUCCGAAAUGGCCACGAGUGAGUCAGCCUUUGGCCGCUGGGGGAGAAUUAUCGGUGUUGAUCUCUGCAGAUAGAAAUGUAAACAGCAGCAGGGCUUUAACACAACCAGGUGCGUAAGCGUGGAAAACCUUGCCCAAAAUGCGCUCAUGGGGAAGGAGCGCUCUCCACGUGCUCUGCCUUGCUCGGGGCAGCCUCCGCCUGACCGCAGGAGAUGCGCUGCUAUUAACGUACUAAUUUCAGCAGCUGAGAUCUGCCUCUUUCUUUUAUAACUUUCCACACACUGUUAAUACUGAAGGGAAGGAUUGCCUAUUAAAAACUAAUGAAAAAGAAGUAUUGAACGCUCACUUCUGGCCAAAAAAAUCAUUAUUUUGUUACAUGCGCCAAUUUGAUUUCCGAAUUGAUAGAGCAAGCAAUAACUGUUGAAUAAAAGCUGAUCCAUUUCUAUACAAUU